AGCAUUCGAUCAAGUCAGACGUCACUGCGAAACAUGGUUUUUAGAUGAGUCAUACCCGGACUUGCAAGCUAAACUUCCGUAUUUAUACUAAUCAUAGUAUGCGGCCAUCGUCCUUGCAAGAGCGGCUAUGGCUACCGAUGCCCCUGAUCGUACUCAAAAAGCCUCCCAUUACCUUCAGAACAUUCAAUUACCCCCAGCUAAUAUACCAACCGGAUACAACUUUGUAUUAAUACUGUGUGGAUUGGCUAUUAAAGGCAUGGUAUUGGAAGAGGAGGGGAAGAUUGCUGAGGCGAUUUUUUCAUAUGACCACGUCUCUGGACUUGUCCAAUCCUAUCCCAAUGAAAAAAGUGAAGAGUUGAAUUCUUGGACAGAGCAUGCGCUUUACAGGGCCAGCUUGCUUAAAUUGCGCCAAGGGUAAUUCGAUGAAAAAUGGCUGGACUGGGCUAGACUGAAUUGGAUUAAUAUGCUUGCAUUGCCUAUGGGGAGGAUUUAUUUGAUCAUUUUAAUGCUUAUAUUAAGAGUGUACA